GUUGCUGCAUUUCCCACCCCCUUUUCUUCUCACCUCAGAAACCAAACCCCACAGAAAUGCAUGGGGGGAAAUAUAAAUAAAUCCAUAUAAAGGAGAUAUCUUCCAUACCCUUCUUAAAUGCAAGAUUUGUGCCGUGGGUAUAAAUGAUGCAUAUAUGGAGGAAACGGACUACCAGAAGUGAACUGUUCCGUUCCUUGGCGUUUUGUUCUCAUUCAAUAGAGAAAGGGAUGUUCAAUUGAGUCUUUCCUUUGCGUUUGUACCUUCCCUGUAGCCUUCAGGAGAGUAAAUAAUCGCACCUUCUCUCACACUGGUGCUCUUUUUCUUCUUCCUACGUUUUAUGUUGACAACAAAGGUUGAUCUUCAGGAGGACCUGUUCUUGGUCCGAUUCCUUGGAGUGAUAUACAGUUCUGGGAGUGUGGGUUAGUGUCUUUUGUUUACCAGUUGUCUUCCUGUGAUAAAAUAGGCAAACCAUCAACCCCCACCAGCUCCUUGCGAGCGCUCCCUUGCCUCCUUUUCUGCUCUUGGUGUUCUUGGUGAGACAGAGGGAGAGGCAGAGUUUGUUAGGUAGGAGUUGUGCACUAUGGGUAAUUGCUGGUUUAAGGGGAAUCCAUACUUUAACAGGGUUUCCUCCAAUGCAACCAAAUCAGAAUCCCCAAAAAUUCAGAGCCCAUCGGAAAGAAUUGAAAAGGAAGAUAGCCGGCUGCCAUCCAACCCAAAAGAGGUGGAGGCGCUGAGAAAGGAUACAGCUCGCAACCCUUUGAUAGCAUUCACAUUUGAGGAGCUCAAGAGAAUCACCAAAAAUUUCAGACAAGAUUCACUACUAGGGGGUGGUGGAUUUGGCAGAGUCUACAAAGGGUUCAUCACCAAGGAUCUCCGCGAAGGUUUAGAAAUAGAAGAGCCCCUGAGAGUUGCCGUUAAGGUCCAUGACGGUGACAAUAGCUUCCAGGGCCAUAGGGAGUGGCUGGCUGAGGUUAUAUUUCUUGGGCAACUCUCCCACCCGAAUUUAGUGAAGUUGAUCGGCUAUUGUUGUGAAGACGACCACAGGGUUCUUGUUUACGAGUUCAUGCCCCUGGGAAGUGUGGAGUCUCAUCUGUUUUCAAGGGUGAUGGUGCCACUUCCAUGGCCGACCAGAAUGAAAAUUGCACUUGGCGCUGCAAAGGGACUUGCUUUUCUGCAUGAAGCAGAGAAGCCCGUCAUCUAUCGGGACUUUAAGACAUCAAACAUAUUGCUAGAUGAGGAAUAUAAUGCGAAACUAUCCGAUUUUGGGCUUGCAAAAGAUGGACCAGUCGGCGACAAGUCCCAUGUUUCAACUCGUAUUAUGGGUACUUACGGUUAUGCAGCGCCAGAGUACAUCAUGACAGGGCAUCUCACGGCGAUGAGCGACGUCUACAGCUAUGGUGUAGUACUCCUUGAGCUCCUCACAGGCCGGAAGUCGCUGGACAAGUCCCGGCCGGUCAGGGAGCAGACGCUGGCCGACUGGGCAUUCCCGUUGCUGACGCAUAAGAAGAAGGUGCUUGGCAUAGUAGACCCGAGGCUUGCUGAGGACUACCCGGUGAAGGCUGUGCAGAAGACGGCGAUGCUGGCAUACCAUUGCCUUAACCGCAACCCAAAGGCUAGGCCGCUGAUGCGCGACAUCGUCGCCACCUUGGAGCCUCUGCAGCAGCUGGAGGAGAACCCCAGUGACAUUCUGGCCAGUGCCACUUGAAGUGCUCACUUGACUUCAACACAGCUCAGACGAACAGAAAGUGCCAUGUACUACUUGUUACAUAUGGGUGACGUUGAUAGUGGUUAGCUAAUGUUCUUGAUAUGCAGGUUAUUUCUUGAUUGUUUAAUCCAUGAAGACACGAGUUUUUGCUGAGCAGGAAGUCAGUACCAUAGUAUCUCUUUCCCUCUCUGUGGAUUUGGAUGUGUACCCAGCCCUGCCAUGGCGAGUUUCGACGAUUCAGAUGUGGGCAAGUUUGUGUGUAAUUUUCAGUGUGUGAUGCCCACAGCUGCAGCAUGCCGGCCACAGUGUGUAAUCUAUAUAGCAAUGUGUAGCUCAUGAUCUACGUAUAAUGAGUAAUGUAGAUAUAUUCCUUGGUUAUGCA